GGGCGAUGGUGGCGCGGUGGCUGGGGCCCGCGGGGCUGAGGCUGCUGCUGCUGCGUGCGGCGGGCGCGGGGCCAGCCCCGGGCAGCGCCAUCGGGAGAAGCGCCUUUGGGGCACCCCGACGCCCAGGGGUGGCCUGGAGGCCAAGCAGGCGUGGUGGUUCUGCAGCAGAAGCACGUACCACCGGGGCGGAGGAUGACUCCUUUCUCCAGUGGCUCUUGCUUCUCAUCCCUGUGACUGCCUUUGGCCUGGGGACAUGGCAGGUCCAGCGUCGGAAGUGGAAGCUGAAGCUGAUCGCGGAGUUAGAGUCUCGAGUCAUGGCUGAGCCCAUCCCUCUGCCCGCAGACCCUGUGGAGCUGAAUAGUCUGGAGUACAGGCCAGUGAGGGUCAGGGGGCGCUUUGACCACUCUAAGGAGCUGUACAUGAUGCCCCGGACCAUGGUGGACCCGGCCCGAGAGGCCCGGGAUGCUGGCCGGAUCUCAUCCUCGGUCGAGAGUGGGGCCUACGUCAUCACCCCCUUUCACUGCUCUGACUUGGGAGCCACCAUCCUGGUAAACAGAGGAUUUGUCCCCAGGAGUAAAGUGAACCCAGACACCAGGCAGAAGGGCCAGACUGAGGAGGAAGUGGACCUGGUUGGGAUAGUGAGACUGACAGAAACCAGGAAACCAUUUGUCCCUGAGAACAACCCAGAGAAGAACCACUGGCAUUACCGGGACCUGGAGGCCAUGGCCAGAGUCACUGGCGCAGACCCCAUCUUCAUCGAUGCAGACUUCAAGAGCACUGUCACCGGAGGACCGAUUGGAGGUCAGACACGAGUGACACUGCGGAACGAGCACCUGCAGUAUAUCCUUACCUGGUAUGGCCUGUGUGCAGCCACAUCGUACCUGUGGUUUACGAAAUUCAUGCGCAGGCCUCCUGUCCUGAGAUAGCUGAGACCUCAUCCCUGAGGUAAUCAGUCACGAGUGUACAGCAUUUCCAUGUUGCAUCAUGUGGUAUAAAUAAAACUCCUGAGUUCACA